AUGCUGUAUACUAGGGAUGGAAAUGACACCCUGAAGAGGAUCAUUAGACGCACCCUUUCAGAAGAUGAGGGCAACAAAUUAGGACCCUCUGCCAAACUUGCGAGUCCACAAAAGAUCUACAGGGACCAAUAUUUGCCAAGAGAGAGCAUUGACAAGUGGGUGAAUAACAUAUUGGACAAUAUGCUGAUGGAGGUGCUUAACGGGAGCAAAGCAGAAGAAAAUCCUUAUGUGGGUAGAUGGAAAAAUAUGAAAGACAACAUUACAAAAGAAAUGUGGGACAUUUUUGAUGAGACCGGAAUUUUCCUGGCUCUCUGUUGCCAUGGCUUCUCCCUCAUUGUGGACAUGGUACAGAGUGGGGAAUUAGCAAAAUAUCCUCUUGCUGUUGUCAAGAAAUUAUGGGAUGUUUUUGGCAAUGGCCUGGCUGGCUGGUUUGAUAUCAAUUGUAAAUUCAAAAAGCAUGCUUUGGAAGAGUUCCCUUGGUGCACGUGCAAAGGCACUCAACCACACCUGCCUAGUAGACUCCUUAACAAAACGCUCCCUGGGAAAAUGUUAGUAAAGAAGAAGAAAUUGUUGGUAAAGAGAGGAAUCAUGUGUGAAAAGAUCACAGAUAUGCUGUAUGAAUGGAGAAUGGAGUGGGUGUGGGCUGCAAAAUAUGGAGACAAGUUGGCUUAA